GUACUUGAAAGCCAGCUGCUCUGAGAAAAGCCACGAAGUCCACCCCCAUCAAUCUCUCUUCAUCACCCAGCCGAUAAAUCAUCAGCGAGAUGUAAAUUUUUUCUAUCAUCUUUAUUCUGAGGAUUCCAGCAGUGCUCAGAAAGUUUUGACUCAUUGGUGCUUCCUGUCUUGCUCACCAUGUGUCAUUAAUUGUUCAAGUUGUCCCAGUUAAACUUUAAAUUCAGGAUGGGGCUUUCUCUUGUUCCCAUUAAAAUGUUUAUUUCCAGCGACAUACUCAUGUUAUAAGAUUAAAGCAUUAAAAAUGUACAGUGUAGGGAGCAAAAGUUUCCAUGUUACUGUGUACACAUCCCAAACAAUUAUUUCUAGGCCCCGUGAGUGUCGCCGUGAAUGUGGCACAAUCACAGGUAAACGCCCCCGGCGGAGGGCAGCUGGGUGGACUGUGUGAGUGCCCCGUGCCUGUUUCCUGUAACCCGGCCUGCACCGCUCCCCAGUGUAGAUUUGUGGACGUGAAACUGCAGAGGAAAGACGCUCACAUUGUCCAUGGCCCACGUGCCUGCCUCUCACCCCACCCCAGCUCCACCAGGGGAAGAAGCUCUGGGGCUACUCUCCACGGGGCUGUCCCCUGAGCAGUGCUGAUGAGGCGUUGUCUCGGCCCCUCCUCCUCAUCACCGCCUGCCUGCGCUGAGCGUUGAACCACCCCUCAGUGGGGGCUGUUGGGCUGAACACAGACUUGACAAUAGAGACACUUUAUCUCUGAUUCCACACUGCACCUCUGGGCGCCUCCAAAAAUUCUGUUUCUCCUUUUGCACCUUGUGACCCUCUUACAGGCCAUGAAAUCAUUUCACUGCAUUUGAAAUGCCCAGUCCCCGAUGGUUACUCUGUGGGGUGGGCUCUGGGAUCCAAGAGGGCUGGUCCGGGCGUGUGGGGCAGAACCAUCAGGCCUCUCGUGUGGAUCAUCACACGCCCAGAGCCCAGCUGCCACCCCGAGGCGCCUCGGAUGACAGAUGCGACUGCCGCAGGAAGACAGGCUGGCUGCGCUUUCUGCUUGUCCUUCCACGGCGAGGCGUGGACGGCCAGAGCAGGGAGGAGGCAGAGAUGGGGCAGCUCGCAGUCAGGUCAGGUUUCCCUUUCCUUCUCGGGGUCCUUCCUCAAAAGCACAUAGCUGUUGGAAGGGAAAGUGGGGGAGGGCCAGGGCCAGGGGGCCAGAUGGGGAUUUCCCUGGCCCUCCUGGUCCUUCAGUUCCAGAGGCUUCUCUGAUCUUUCAAAAUCAUGAACUAAAACCUGCAUUGACAAUUAAUGCAAAUGUCACUGGACUCAGUGAUUCAUCCUUUCCAACUAAUUUUUGGUUUCUUUUGACAUUUUAGUCCUACAUUAUGAAUUGACGUUGACAUCACCCGGGCACCGGAGCUCAUGGUGAACUUAGCAGUCUCGCAAAGGCUGCAAGGCUCAGAUGCUGCCUGUCACCCGCAUGCCUGUGGCAGGAUGUCGGGCGCAGUUAAUGGGGAGGCCUGUCCAGUGCUGACGAUUUAGUGACUCCCUCAGGAUUUUCGUUACUAUAGUGAUGGUGAUGAUAGCCCUGCUCAGUUCUGAUGAAUUACUUGUUUUAAAAUUAGGGUUAGGGCGACUUUGUGUUCAGUCCAUACUUUCAAAGGUCAGGAAACCAUGCGCAGGUCAGGAAAAGGUCAGGAAAACAGCAGCUGAGAGGUGCGGGCCGCCCCUCUUUCACUCUGAGGGCUGUGGGCGAGCAUGCCGGGAAAGACGCGGGGUCACGCAGAUGAAUGGGAAGCCUGAAGGAAAAGGUUGACCCUGAUACUUUCUUGGAAGUUUGGUUUCCUGUGUGGUUCUAAGAACAAGGUUUUUUCACGUAAGGUGUACUAGCACUGUAUUCAUUAUGACACUAUUUUACUAGGUUUGUACAGACAACUGAAAAUCACACUAGUGAUUCUUUAACAUAGACAUAUGCCUGUGCGCAGACAGAAACCCAGGUUGCAGAAAACCCUGUCAGGACUGGAGUGUUCCAGAGGGGAGGCCUGUUAGCCAGCUAGUGCUCUUAGCGCAGCGAGUCUCUGUUGUCGGGUGCCACCCAUCCAAGCCUCCCGUUUUGCAGCCGGAGAGACAGGCCACGGUGAGCUCAGUGGGGAGCCCAUGGUCACAUGCCCAGCGUGAGAGGCUUGGACUUCAAGCGACUCGGUUCCCCGUACUGUGCCAGCUCCAGAAUGGCAGAAGACGACCCGUAUCUGGGGGGCCACGAGCAAUUGUUUCAUUUGGAAUCAUUGAAUCAUACAAUGUUUAACCCAGAAUUAUUUCAGCCAGAGAUGGCUUUGCCGACAGCAGAUGGCCCAUACCUUCAAAUAUUAGAGCAACCUAAACAGAGAGGAUUCCGUUUCCGUUAUGUGUGUGAAGGCCCAUCGCACGGUGGACUCCCCGGCGCCUCCAGUGAAAAGAACAAGAAGUCCUACCCUCAAGUCAAAAUCUGCAACUACGUGGGGGCUGCGAAGGUCAUCGUCCAGCUGGUCACCAACGGCAAGAGCACCCACCUGCACGCACACAGCCUGGUGGGCAAGCACUGCGAGGACGGCAUCUGCACCGUCACAGCCGGGCCCAAGGACAUGGUGGUCGGCUUUGCCAACCUGGGCAUCCUGCAUGUGACAAAGAAGAAGGUCUUUGAGACCCUGGAAGCCCGGAUGACAGACGCGUGUGUGAGAGGCUACAACGCUGGGGUUCUGGUGCACCCUGACCUGGCCUACCUGCAAGCUGAAGGCGGAGGUGACCGGCAGCUCACAGAUCGGGAGAAGGAGACCAUCCGCCAGGCGGCCCUGCAGCAGACCAAGGAGAUGGACCUGAGCGUGGUGCGGCUCAUGUUCACAGCCUUCCUCCCCGACAGCACGGGCAGCUUCACGCGGCGCCUGGAGCCGGUGGUGUCCGACCCCAUCUACGACAGCAAAGCCCCCAACGCGUCCAACUUGAAAAUCGUAAGGAUGGACAGGACAGCGGGCUGCGUCACUGGAGGGGAGGAGAUUUACCUCCUCUGCGACAAGGUUCAGAAAGAUGACAUCCAGAUUCGAUUUUAUGAAGAGGAGGAAAAUGGCGGAGUCUGGGAAGGAUUUGGAGAUUUCUCCCCGACCGAUGUUCACAGGCAGUUCGCCAUUGUCUUCAAGACUCCAAAGUACAAGGACAUCAACAUCACCAAGCCGGCCUCUGUGUUCGUCCAGCUGCGGAGAAAAUCUGACCUGGAAACCAGCGAGCCGAAGCCUUUUCUCUACUACCCGGAAAUCAAAGACAAGGAGGAGGUGCAGCGCAAGCGGCAGAAGCUCAUGCCCAACUUCUCCGACAGCUUCGGUGGUGGCGCAGGCCCCGGCCCCGGGGGUGGGGGCAUGUUCGGCAGCAGCAGCAGCAGCGGGGCCGGGGGCACGGGCCCAGGGUACGGCUUCCCGCACUACGGCUUUCCCACGUACGGCGGAAUCUCCUUCCACCCUGGAGCCACGAAAUCGAAUGCUGGCAUGAAGCACGGGUCCUCAGACCCCCCGUCUAAAAGUGACCCUGCAGACUGUGACAGGACGUGCGACCGGGAGGCGGUCUCUCUCCCUGGGAAGGUCCCUGGAGCUACAGAGGAGCGGGCGUCGGCCUGCGGGGGUCUCGGGGGCGCUGUGCCCGGCCCAGUGGGCAUGCAGGAGGGCAGCACUGGGUUCUCAGAUCACCUCUUCCUGGAGAAGGCCAUGCAGCUGGCCAAGAGGCACGCCAACGCCCUCUUCGACUACGCGGUGACCGGGGAUGUGAAGAUGCUGCUGGCGGUCCAGCGCCACCUCGCCGCUGUGCAGGACGAGAACGGGGACAGCGUCUUACACCUGGCCAUCAUCCACCUGCACGCGCAGCUCGUGAGGGACCUGUUGGAGGUCACGUGCGGCCUGGUGGCUGAUGACAUCAUCAACAUGAGAAAUGACCUGUACCAGACGCCCUUGCACUUGGCCGUGGUGACGCAGCAGGAGGCUGUGGUGCAGGACCUGCUGUGGGCGGGGGCUGACCUGAGCCUGCUGGACCGCGGGGGCAACUCUGUGCUGCACCUGGCCGCCGCGGGGGGCCACGACAAAGUCCUGAGCGUCCUCCUCAAGCACCAGCAGGCGGCCCUGCUGCUAGACCACCCCAACGGGGAAGGUCUGAACGCCAUCCACGCGGCCGUGAUGAGCAGCAGCCUGUCCUGCCUGCUGCUGCUGUUGGCCGCGGGCGCCGACGUCAACGCCCAGGAGCGGAAGUCGGGGCGCACGGCGUUGCACCUGGCCGCGGAGCGCGAUGACAUCUCCUUGGCAGGCUGCCUGCUCCUGGAGGGAGAGGCCAACGUGGACAGCACCACCUAUGACGGCACCACCCCUCUGCACAUAGCAGCCGGAAGAGGGUCCACACGGCUGGCGGCUCUGCUCAAAGCAGCAGGGGCAGACCCCCUCGUGGAGAACUUCGAGCCCCUGUACGACCCGGACGGCUCCUGGGAAGCGGAUGGGGAGGAUGAAGGCGUGGUGCCCGGAACCACACCACUGGACAUGGCCGCCAGCUCGCAGGUGUGGGACAUACUGAACGGGAAGCCCUACCAGCAGGACUCCUCGCCCGACGACCUGCUGGCCCAGGGCGAUGUGAAGCAGCUGACCGAAGAGGCCAAGCUGCAGCUCUACAGGCUCUUGGAAACCCCCGACCCAGACAAAAACUGGGCCGCUCUGGCCCAGAAACUGGGUCUGGGGGUCCUGAACAACGCCUUCCGGCUGAGCCCCGCCCCCUCCAAGACGCUCAUGGACAACUAUGAGGUCUCUGGGGGGACGAUCAAAGAGCUGCUGGAGGCCCUGACACAGAUGGGCUACACGGAGGCCAUCGACGUCAUCCAGGCGGCCUUCUGCCCCGCCGCCCCCGACCCCAAGAAGACCCCCUCGCAGGCCCACGCCCCGCCACUGUUGCCCUCCUGCACCAGCCCACAGAUAGGCGAGCGGGAGGACAGCAUCUGUGACAGCGGCGUGGAGACCUCCUUCCGCAGGCUCAGCUUCACCGAGGCCCUGACCAGCGGGGGCGCCCUGCUGGGGCUCGGCAAGGCGCCCCACGGCUACGUGCAGGAAGCGCCCAUCGAGGGCAAGAUUUAGCUGCCGGCCGUCCCAGCACCACCCACUGCUAGCUCUGGCGCCUGAGGGUCGGCGGGGAGACCGGACAGAGCCUCCGAGGUGCACGACCAGCCAGCACCCCCUUGUCCAGCUCCCGGAGACGGGGCUGCUUCCCUGCAUUCUCACGAGACCUUUGGGGCUCACUUACCCACAGUCCCAGCGGGCGUGGCCGCUCCGCUGCUGGGGGCGCCCUUGCUUCCCCGUCUGCUUCCUGCAGGCCCUCCAGCGCCGUCCGGCACCCACGCUCGGCCCUGUGUCCACGGGGACGGGGACGGCGGCGCCCAAGGCGGGUCACUGUGUACAAUAAAGCAGCUCACCGCGCUCCUCCUGUGCUCAUCUCUUGAUUGGAGCGAGACCUGCACGUCCGUAUUUAAACCCACUCUCAAUCACUGCUGAAGAUGGUCCCGUCCCCCUUCCCUGCAUUUUGCUAUUGUAAAUAUGUUUUUAGAUCAAAUUCUUUAAAGGACAAAAUGUUGAAUUUACAAAUGCUAUUUUUUAUUUUACUUUUAUAAUAAAAGAAAAAGCAAUGACGACCUCCUCUUGUCUGAUGG